AUGUGCGAAGAAUCUGGAUCCAAGGCCAACCAUAAACGGAACCUCAGCAAUGGAACAUCUGAGCUCUCGCCACCUAGACGAUCCAAACGACAGAGAUCAACUACGAAUUUGAAAGAACUCUCUUCUCCAGAAGCCUCGGAGUCAGAGGCCGGAGGAUCUACCCCUGCCGUGAAAAAAGAGGCCGAUAAGAAACCUCCGGUUGAUACCGCCGAGGAAAAGAAAAAGAAGCCUCUAGUCAAGAAGGAGUCUAACGAGGACGUCAAACCUAAAAAGGCAAGAAAAUCCAAGAAAGACCAAGAAGCUGAGAGUAUGCCUUUGGCACCGCGGACCAAGGGUCUGCGUAUGUUCGUUGGUGCUCACGUCAGUGCUGCAAAAGGUGUUUUUAAUUCCAUACAUAACAGUGAGAAUAUUGGAGGAAAUGCAAUCGCCUUGUUCUUGAAGUCACAGCGCAAAUGGGACAACCCAGCUCUCCAGGACGACCAUCGCGAUCAAUUUCGUAAACUUUGUGCAGAAAAGGGUUAUGAUGCAGCGAAACACAUUCUCCCUCAUGGCUCAUAUCUUGUCAAUCUGGCCCAAAACGAUAAAGCCAAAUCCAAGCAAGCGUACACCUCCUUUCUGGAUGAUCUCCGCCGGUGCGAGGCACUUGGAAUCACACUUUACAACUUCCAUCCCGGGAGUACCAAUCAGACACCACUGCCCGAAGCGCUUUCCCGCCUGGCAGAGAUGUUAACCCAAGCCAUUACCGAAACAACGACCGUAGUUCCCGUCCUGGAAACAAUGUGCGGCCACGGCAAUACAAUCGGCGGCGCACUAUCCGAGUUCCGCGACUUGCUAGCUCUGAUCCCGAAAGAGCACCACUCCCGCAUCGGCAUAUGCGUCGACACCUGCCACAGCUUCGCAGCCGGCUACAAUCUGGCAUCACCAGCCGGAUUCAAAGCCUUCCUCGACGAAUUCGACGAGUUAAUCGGGAUUCGGUUCCUCCGAGCUCUGCACCUCAAUGACUCGAAGGCACCGCGCGGAAGCAAGCGCGACCUACACGCCAAUAUCGGCACAGGCUUCCUCGGCUUGCGCGCGUUCCACAAUGUCAUGAACGAGCCGCGAUUUGAAGGGUUACCUAUGGUCCUUGAGACGCCUAUUGACCGUGUCCCAGGGCAGAAGGUAGCUAGUGGGGAUGUAGCUGAUGGCAGUGAGAGUGACUCUGGAAAGAAGAAACAGCCAAAGAAGGGCCCCAAAAGACCUGCUGAUGCAGGUGCAGCUGCUGUUCCCGAUCCAGGUGUGUGGGCGGAUGAGAUCAAACUACUUGAGUCGCUGAUUGGUAUGGACCCCGAAGGUGAAGAGUUCCUGGCUCUUGAGGCUCGACUUUCCGAGGAGGGUCGUGCGGAGCGUGAGAAACAUCAGGAGCAAUAUGAGCGUAAGCUCGAGUCGGAGGAGAAAAAGAAAGCGAAGGGGUCAGGAAAGGCCAAGGGACAGAAGAGUCUUAUGGACAUGAUGAAGGGUGGCGCUGCGAAGGAGUAG